AUUCACGUUCUCAGAAAACUCUGCUUCGGCUUGUGUUUUUGUUUGUUGUUAGGAAAAUAGCGUGCAAAAUGAGUGAAACAAACUCUAAGGAGGAUCUGAAACGGAGCGCCCCAGCGGAGGAAGAUGAACAAAAUGCUGAACCUGCAGGAGAAAACGAUGCCGAUGGUGAAGAUUCAACCUGGAUUGGGCCAAUGCCUUCGGAACAAAGUGCUGUGCCCGCCAAGAAAAAGAAGGUGCUGCCGUAUGAACACAUCUUCCUGGAGAACCUGCCAAACGCCGAGAGCUAUGAACGGAGCUACAUGCAUAGAGACGUGAUCUCGCAUUUGGUGUGCACGAAAACGGAUUUUGUGGUUACCGCCAGCUUGGAUGGGCACAUUAAGUUCUGGAAGAAAGGAGAGCUGGGCAUUGAGUUCGUCAAGCACUUUAGAAGUCAUCUGGUGCCAAUCAAGUCGUUGUCUGCAAAUGCCAGUGGCACAUUGCUCUGCUCGGCUGCGACCGAUCAAACAGCCAAGGUCUUUGAUGUGGUGAACUUUGACAUGAUAAAUAUAAUCCGCCUAGGCUACACUCCCCAAUGUACCGAGUGGAUAAGCGCUCCAGGAGAUGCCGUCCAAGGACUGGCCAUCACGGAUGCGGAAAGCAACUUUAUACACAUUUACGAUGGACAGAGCGGGGGUCAAGUGCUGCACACCUUGGAGAAGAUGCACGCGGCCCCUGUGGUCGCCAUGUGCUUUAAUGUGGCCAUGGAGACGGUUAUAUCGGUUGAUCGUAAAGGUAUAUUGGAGUACUGGCAAACCCCAAAGUAUGAUUACAGAUUUCCCCAGCGCCUGGUGAAUUUCGAGUCCAAACUGGACACAAGCCUCUUUGAGUUUGCCAAACAGAAGACCCAAGUAACUGGCAUAGCAGCUUCGCCGGACGGCAAGCGUUUCGCCGCCAUUUCCACAGAUCGCAAGGUUCGCGUAUUUCAGUUUAAUACGGGAAAGAUGAUAAGAGUAUUUGACGAAGCGCUCUCCACGUACACGCAACUACAGCAGACGCCGCACGCAUUGCCAAACAUGGAGUUUGGUAGAAGAAUGGCCGCCGAACGCGAUCUGGAGAAGACGGCGCAAAAUACAACACUUAACAUUCUUUUCGAUAGCACUGGCAACUUUUUGCUCUAUCCAACCAUGCUGGGCAUAAAAGUGAUCAAUGUGGUAACAAAUCGGUGCGUAACCAUUCUGGGCAAGACGGACAACAUACGGCCCCUGCAGGUGGCCUUGUUCCAAGGCAGGGUGAAGAGGCAGAAGGCUGCAAUAACGCUCGAACAAGAGGCGAGCGAAAACCCAGCGUUGCACAACUAUUUUAAUGAUCCAACAGCUUUUUGCACAGGUUACAAGAAAAACCGCUUUUACUUGUACAGUCGAAGGUUGCCCUCGGAUCUGCAGGAUGUUGACCGUGAUAUAUUCAAUGAGAAGCCAUCGAAAGAAGACAUUAUUGCAGUGCCCGAGGCCACAGACGAAGUCGUGCAACGUAUAUAUGAGAACGUGGUGCUACACACCACCAAAGGAGACGUACAUAUAAAGCUAUUCUUUAAAGAAGUACCGAAGACAAUCGAGAAUUUCUGUGUUCAUGCGAAAAAUGGGUAUUACAACGGGCAUAUAUUCCAUCGUGUUAUCAAGGGAUUCAUGGUCCAAACGGGUGAUCCCACGGGUACUGGAACUGGCGGUAAGUCAAUCUGGGGUCACGAUUUCAAGGAUGAGUUCGUACCUAGUCUGAAGCAUGAUCGUCCGUAUACGGUUAGUAUGGCAAACGCUGGCCCCAAUACAAAUGGUAGCCAAUUCUUUAUAACAGUCCUGCCUACUCCUUGGCUGGACAAUAAGCAUACUGUUUUUGGUCGGGUGUACCGAGGCAUGGAAGUCGUUCUUAAUAUUUGCAACACAAAAGCGAAUCCCAAAACGGACAAACCCUACGAUGAUAUCAAAAUAAUAUCAAUACAUUUAAGUAAUUAGGCAAAUUUUUAAAUAAUAAAUGUGUGCUUUUGUCCCUCAAAAUAUUCUCAAAUUCAAA